ACGCGCGUGUUGUUUGCAAGAGUGGGCUUCGGAGAAACGACGUCGCCUGUGUGUCGCUGCUGCUCAACAGUUUUUGCCAUAGACGUGUGUUACCCUAGCAACCUGGGAUAAAGGUGUGUGUAAAAACCCAAGCAGAAAUUCAAGUGAUUCGCAGCGUAUGGGACGCUGUAGCUUCUAGGAUUAGCCAUUUAUUUGAUCGAAAAAGCGAAUAUCCAUCGCCCCCGGGGAUGAGUGAUCAGAUUUCUGGCUAAUUCCGUUAUCGCGUUGUGCGAAUGUGUGCGAUGUGUGGUGGUGCUGUGCCGAUCGGUGGAACAGAGUGAAACAAUUUUGAUUACUUUCCGGGUUACUAGAGCAGUGAAAACAACGAAUUAAGUGUAUCGAAAAGGCAAGCAAACGAGGUAUAAAGUGAAGAUAAAACCAACUCACAAUCUUACCGACGGUAGCGGGAAAUGGAAAGAGUUGUGUAUGCUAAUUGGUCGAUGCACGGUUAUUUAAUUAUCUGCACCGGUGGUAAUUAAUCAGUGAAAAACACAACAAACUACAUCGGCACUCGCGGCAUCAUAUGCGAUGCGAGCACUGGAUGAAGCGUGCAGAGGAAUAGAAAAAAAGCGGUGAUCAAAUCUUUGGUGGCAGUGAAGUGAUUCAAGGCAGUACGGCAACGAGCAAACGGCCCCAUCGAGCACGAGAGUUGAUGCAAAAUGGUUAGGCUUGAAUGAAGCAGCUUCAUCGCCCAUAUGCCAAGAUGGCAUACGUAAGGUGGUAAAAGAUUAUCCACGAUCCUGGUGAUCCGCUAAAGAUCGACGAUUUCGUGUGGUGAUGGUCAUAUGAUCGUUCGUUUUUAAACGCAAAGCUAAAAACCAAAACAUAUCUUUUAUCUACCGAGGUAUGUUAAAUGUGUGAAACGAAAUACAAACAACACGACAGAAGAAAUACAGCGAAAGAAAAAAGAAAAGAAACAUGCAAAGUGUUUUGUUUGUUCAAUUGAAAAGUAAAAUCCAUGUGCCGAGCACGAUCGUUUGAUUCAAUGCGUCAGUGUGUGAGGUAACGGUUUGUAUCUAGCUCUUUUUCGUGGUUAAAAGUGUUCAAUUACUACUCCCAACAGCUUCCCAAAACAGGUGGUGGUUCUCAAGUUUUAGCCGUUUGGUUGUGUGUGGUGAUGAUAUUGUGCAACGACACUGCUGCCGGUCCAAGAUCGAAUUGCUGUUGAGGUGUAUCGUUUAGUGCAAAACGUUAGCGAGACAGAAAAGCUUUACUGUGUGUGUUCGAACGGUGCGCAAUCAUGACGCUAUUACUGCGUCAGCACUGAAGGUGUUUUAGGCGAAGGUGUUUACGAUACGGUGUGAUAUAAGUUGCUGACUCAGAAACGUUUCAAUUGGAGAUCGAUUAUUCCGUUUGUUUGAAUUGAACCCUGCUGCUGAUUGACACACGGCUCGAACGUUGAGCCGUUUUUGAGAAAUGGCUCCAAGGAUGGAUUUACCAGGAACAAAGCGAACGAUGAAUGUCUACAGAACGCUUACAGUUUUACUGCUGAUCGGUUUGGCGAUGGCUAACAAAACGAUGGACACGCGGGAAGGUGAAGAUGUCAUACUGAAGUGCCGCUUCAACGAGCACUAUUCCGACCGGGAGUACUCCUACUAUUGGGCCCAACAGUCACCGAACAAGUACGAUAAUGUUGCGAUCAAGGGGGAUACCUUCAACCCUAACUACAAGAUUGACUACCGACCCAACCAAGGAAUAUACGAUUUGCAAAUCUUUAACGUAUCGUAUGCCCGCGACAAUGGACGGUUUGAGUGUCGCAUUAAGCAGAUCGGUAGCGAUAAUGCGAUCUAUGAGGAUUACUACAACCUGACAGUUCUAACGCCACCCCAGCCACCGCUGAUUUUCCCCGGAAGCGAAACAACAGCCACGGAGGAUAAAAAACAGGAACUCACGUGUAGCAGUGUGGGUGGUUCACCCGAUCCAACUAUUUCCUGGUAUCGCGAAGGAAGUACAACACCUCUGGCAGCCAAUCUGAUCUACGGUGGAUCGCGUGACAUGCAGACGACCAGCACACUGACCAUUAUCCCACGCCGAGAAGAUGAUGGCGCAAAGUUUACGUGCGUCGUGUGGAACCGGGCUAUGCCGGAGAGUCAGCGACUGGAAACGGUUACGACUCUGUCGGUGAACUAUUAUCCACGCGUGGAAAUUGGACCAGAAAAUCCGCUGAGUGUAGAGCGCGAUCAGACAGCAAAGCUGGAGUGUAAUAUCGAUGCCAAACCGAAAGCCGAACAGGUGAAGUGGACCCGCAAUGGACGUUUCAUUUCGUCGCACCCAACACACACAAUCCAUCGUGUGUCACUACAGGAUGCCGGCCGUUACACCUGCUCGGCUGAUAACGGGUUGGGUAAGAUUGGCGAACAGGAAAUCACACUGAACGUCCUCUACCCACCGAUUGUGCAAAUCGAAUCCAAGGCCAAGACGGCAGAGGAGAAGGAAACGGUUCACAUUAAGUGCAACGUUACGGCUAACCCACCGCCAGUUACCAUCGAGUGGCUGAAGGAAGGUGAUAUUGAUUUCCGGCGGAAUGGGGAUACGCUUGUGCUGCGAGACGUACGGGCGGAAGAUGCCGGUACGUACAUUUGUCGAGGUAUUAAUAUGAUGAAGCCGUACGGUGGUAAGACGCUGGAGCGUGAAGGUAACGCCUCGGUAGCGUUGCUGGUGCGACACCGCCCCGGGCAGGCUGUAAUUACGCCGGAAAAACCGGUCGUACACGUUGGCAAUAGUGUCAGCUUGAUGUGCAAAGCCGAUCCUCCGGGCUAUCCGGAUCCACAGUACCGUUGGUACCGGGAUGUGGGCGGUGAGAUCUCCACCACGGUGAUCGCCCAAGGUGCACAAUAUCUGAUACCGAAGGCGGGACUUUCGAGCGAAGGAAAAUAUCACUGUCAUGCAAGCAACGAACUCGGCAAUGGUGGAAUGGCAAGCGCAACGCUUGAAAUUCAUCAGCCACCACAAUUUUUGGCCAAACUGCAAUCAAACAUGAUCAAACGCGCUGGAGAGCUUGAUUUUUUCGUAACCUGUAGCGCGAAAGGAAAACCGGAACCAUCGAUCACCUGGCUGAAGGACGAUGUGGAAAUCACUCCGGAACUGCAUCGGUAUGAGGUGAAGACGAACGUGGACAAGGGACCUAACGGUAUGGUGACGGUACAGAGCAUGCUCAAGUUUACCGGAAAAGCGCGUCCGAAUGGAAAUGAUCUGAUCUCUACCGAUCGUGGUCAGUACACAUGUUUGUACGAAAACGCAGUAAAUAACGCAAACUCAACGAUGCAUCUGAAGAUCGAACACGAGCCGAUCGUACUGCAUCAGUACAACAAGGUGGCAAACGAUAUCAAGGAAACAGCGGAGGUGUUGUGCAAAGUCCAGUCUUACCCGAAACCAGAGUUCCUGUGGCACUUUGGGACGACAUUGUUGAAUACGGGUGGGCAUUACGAAAUCAUCACUAACUCGGACGGUAAUGACGUGUACACCAGUAUUCUGAAGAUCAGCAACGUGCGCCACCAGGAUUAUGGUGACUAUCAUUGCCGAGUGUCCAAUUCGUUGAAUCACAUUCAGGUGCCGAUUCGAUUGCAACCGAAGGGUCCGCCAGAGAAACCGAACAAACUGAAGGCGGUUGAACUUGGCUCGAACUAUGUGAUUCUUUCGUGGAAUCCAGGAUUUGAUGGAGGUCUUGCCAGCACCAAGUAUUUUGUAUUUUACCGAAAAAUAGUGAUCCCGAACGAGAGUCUUAUGACGGAGGAGUGUGCUGCUGUGGCGGCUAGCGGUGCUGAGUGGAUGGAGUUUGACUGUCAGCGUGAAGUUCCUUGCACCAUCAGCCCACUGGACCAUCAUCAGAGUUAUGUGUUUAAGGUAAAGGCACUAAACACGAAGGGCGUUUCGGAGCAUUCGAAUGAAAUCACGGCGACGACUAAGGUGGAAAAGAUUCCCAUUCCACUGCUAGCCAAUUUCGAUCCGGAAACGAAAAUACUGGGUUUAAACAUCGGUGCAACCUGUCUGUCGAUGGUGGCGAUCGUUGAAUCGGUCAUGUACGGCGAUACACCGAUGGCAGCGUGGCACAUUAUCGAGAAAGUAGAUUUGCAGGUGAACGGACACGAUCCGACGUACCGCGAGCAUGAAAUUAAGCACUUUGUAGCGAAUCGUCGCAACAAUGGCCGUUCGCUGGGCAACACACUGGAUGACAUUCCUAUCCCGAUCGAGGACGAGCUGAAUCCAAGGGUACGCGUGAAGCUGUGUCUUAAAAUCAAUCAUGAGUACUGCGGAGAAUACCUAGAGGCUGAUAUUGGACAAUCUCUCAUACAGGAGGCCUCUUUUGUAGAGCUACCGACAUUGAUAGCGAUAGUGGUGUCGUGUGUCGUUGCUGGUCUAUUCGCCGUGCUGGUGAUUAUGUUCUGUCGCUGCAAGCGGAAUCAAAUGAAAGAAUCGGUAAAGUCAAAGGAGUAUGAUAUCGAUUCGAUCCAUCCUUCGAUUGUGGCUCAACAAAACCAGGCCCCGCCACCAUACUAUUCCGCCAGUAGCUUAGAAAACAAAGCCCUCGAGCAUUCGAUGGAUUUGGCCAUGGAUCAAAAUACGGCCUUGUAUGCAAGCCAGCAGCCAACGUACGGUUACCACCAACAGAAUGCAAUGAUUCCGCAAGUACCGCAAAAUGAUUGGUCAAACAUGGGCUACGUAGAGAACUCGUACUCCAACUCCAACAACGGGGGAAGUGUCAACUCGCAGGACUCUAUCUGGCAGUUAAAAAUGUCAGCCGCAGCUUCAAACUCGGCCAACAUGAUCCCGCAGCACAACUACAUGGAGCAGCAGAUGCAACAAAACUAUGGAUAUGACCCAAUGACCCACGGGGGAUACGGUGCCGUUGACGAUUACGCUCCCUACCCACAUCUGAUGACUACUGCCAGUCAGCACGGUGGUGAUGACUAUCACCACAACAUGCGCAACAGCCAGAAUCCAUCGCGUCAGGACUACUGCAGCGAUCCGUACGCGUCCGUUCACAAGCCCAAGAAACGCAUGGAUCAGCAUAUGGACUUUGUCGCUGAAUCGCCGUACCACGAUGUGAGUGGGCUGCCGGAUCCGUAUAUGGAGCAGGAGGAAGCAAAGUCUCCCGUGCAGAAUCAGCAUCUCUCGAUGAGCUACGAUGAUGCGCUAGCCAUGGAAAGCGGUUACUCGACACCAAACUCCCGCAAUCGUCGUGUCAUUCACGAGAUUGUGGUGUAGGCAACUUAGGCGCGUUAGCCCAAUCUGCCUUCGGUGCAUCGAAACAACGAGUCUAGAACAACGACAACGAAUCGACAUGAUGGAAAAAAAGCUACAACCAGACGGAAUCGAACGAAUCAAAACCACGGGACACAGCCAUCUCCGCGAAAGCAUACGUAAAACGGACGACAAUAGCAAAGAAGCUAAAAAUGAUGCAAUGCUAGAUGCGCUGGUCACACCGUAGUUCAAAUUAAUUUACCUUCUCUUCUAAAUUAUUUGUUUUAAUCAAAACAUUCAAAUUGUUGCACAACGACCAUCGACGGAUACAGGAACGGAUUGUAACACUGUGUCAUAACUGCAAGGAGUGAAAUAUGUUGAUCUCAAAAUAUAGCUCCUUGGUGUAUUGACGAGAAAAGUUUCCGUAGGAUGAUGCUGUUGCAACUUAAAACUGUGAUUGUAUAUAUAGAUAACUGUAAUACGUCGAGCGAGAUAGUGCUAUGACAAAAAGCAUAUAAUUGUCGGUAAGCACAAUUCGAACGAAUGUGCAUUUGUUUCUAGAUAGUGUAGUAUAUGCAACAAUCGAAUUUCGUAUUUCGGAAUUGAUCCUCGAAACAGAAUCUUAAUCGGCUAACGUAAUGCUCCUCUUUAAACAAGUGGCGAGCUGUAUACGUACAGCGGCAUUAGAAAUUAAGCAAAACUUAUUACAGUAAGCGCUUGGAUUAAGUUAUCACGAAACAUGACCACUCUGUAAUGAAUGGCGCCUAUGCAGCAGCCGCGUCACUGAAUCGGAGGUUAAGAACCGAAUGUGCCAUUAGCUUAUAGUAGGUAUUCCUGCCAAUAGUUCUUUUCCAGCAAGCCCGAUUCGCCGUGACGUUGUGUCAGCAGUGGACCUCCCCAAAAACAAACGGCUGCACAAUUAGCUAGGAAGAGCCGCAACAAUUUGCUACUCCUCGUGCGUCGUGCGUUGGUUUCGUGAGGCUCGAAAAAUGGGAUUGACCCUACAAGGGAGUUCGAGUGACUUCAUCAUCUCAACACGGAACUAUAUAUCUUUUAGUGUGUCCGUCUGGCGGUGCCAUUGUUAGAUCGUUUCGUGCCAAGUCUUCCUUCUAGAGUAGCAGUGCAAGAAGCAAAUGAUGCAUUCCAUGUGGUGUUUUAAAGAAACGUACUAAUGCCAACAAAAAAAAAGCUGCACACAUACAAUAAUGGAGGAAACACUACGCCAUACCGACGUGGUGUGGUGCAAACCUUGGUUGAUGGUAGAGCAGCGAAGGUUUUGGGAAUAUGGUGUUUAAAGUAUAAUUAAUCGAGGGCCGAGUUGUGCCGUGCCUUGGCCGUCCAUUUUACUUCUUUCGGUGACACAUUGGACAAAGCUUUCGUUUGAACGACUUCUUUUUUUGGUUUGUUCCGGCCUAAAAGUUGUGGUUUACAAUGCUUAACGUGAAACACAAAUGGACAAUGAGCACUGAAGCAACAGAACAGUAAAAUAAUAAUCGGACCGGCCAUGCUCCUCAACAGUGUACAUAGUAGUAUGCGUGCAAAAAGAUACGAAAAGUGCACAUUGUUUAAGCACAAAGAAGUUAAAAGUCCUGAUUCGGUUGUUUAAGAACAAGCGAAAGAAAAAAAAAACAGCAAUCGUACGUAAGCAGAAAUUAUGUAUUAAAAUAUGUAUGCGCUAGGAAGUUGUUCGGAAGUGUGUUUAUUAUUGUAAAGAAACUGCAACAACCUGCUAGCGAGCGGAUUUAAUAAGCAUCAGAUCGUUUUUAUUUACCCCUGGCAGUCCCCGCCGGCAGCAGUGGUUAAAACGUGAGGAUAAAUCACACCGUCAACUUAAACGUAAACAAAAAGUAGUUAGACAACACAGGGAAAGCUGCAUCAAAAUGGAUGAAGUUUCUUAAUUUACGCUAGCCUUUCUUCGAAUGAAACGCUCUAACGGAGCUUUCAGCGAUCGCCAGCUCAUAUAACAGAAGAAGGAGAGAGUAUCCUUUUGCUUAGCAUAGUGAGAUGGUCGCAUUUGCUUGAGGCAGAUGAUAACGGAUGAAGAAAAAGAGACUGAAUUUAUCGGCAAAAGCAUAAGCUGAGAAGCAGAAAACAUUAUAGUACAUUGCAAAAACGUUUAAAGCAAAACACACAAAAAACUGCUUUCCGUAAGUGACAAAGCACGUGCUCUAGUGUACAGCUUAUUGCAUGAUGAGAACGAGUAGGACACAACAGUUUUACCGACUACCAACGUCUUGCGAUUAGGAUAAAAAAUCGCAUUCGAAGCAGUGAUUGACGAUAAAUAUGCUUUUCCGCUUUUCCACACUUUUCUUUUUUUUAUCCGCGGCAACAGUUUGGCGUUUACAAGUUUGACUGUCGUGUUGAAGCGCUACGACAUUAGUGUUAAGUGAUGAGGAAAUUUGUUUUCGUGUUACAAACAGCAACGACACUUGCGAACAAUGCGCACAAGAUGAGAGCAGGAGGAGGAAAAUGAAAGUCCACUCCUGGCUCUCGACCGGGACCGCCCCCGUGUUGUUAGUGGCAGCUAAAAGACGAGACGAGAUAUAAAGCAAUAGAGUGAAAGAGUGUGAGCAGUUAAGGAUUUUUCUCUUUUGGCCAUCGUAAGUGUCCGGUUUGCUUUGGUCCGGGCCUUCCUUCAUCCUUUUUUGUCGAUACUCUAUGGCAAAUAAUAAUCGAUAGCGUAUUUUGCAUGCUUGUUCCGUCCACCGAGAGUUUCAAAAUUGUUGUAAAUAUUGACUGAGAAAUUGUAGAAGUAUUUACACGAUUGAGGGACUUUUCUAAAGUAACGUGUAAUUUUUUUUACGUGUAAGCCCGAGAAGCAAUUCUUCGUAGUUUUGUUACAGGUUAGCUAGCGUGUAAGCUUCUUUCAUGACGAAAAAUAAAUAUUUUAUUUUAUAUUUUAA